CUGAUGUCGCUAGUCUAGCUUCAGUUUACAAAUGGCGGAAGUUUGAAAAUUUAGAAAAACGAAUUUCGCUUACAAAAACUGAAAAAUCUCAACAAAUACUGAGCCUAGGCAUAAUAAACAAUGAUAAUACUACUGGCUCUAAUAAGUUAAAGGAUUCACUAUGUAUGAGAACAGUGAGAGUUAUACAGAGGAUGAAAUCCGAGAACAGCUUACUCAACUUGGAUACACAAACAUACCCCAACACAGACUUCGAGAAUUCAAGAAAGAUCUUGAUGUCCUGAUACAGCACGAAAGGAGCAAGAAUAGUUCUAGGAGUUAUGAUACAAGCAACCUCUCUACAUACACUGACACUGCCAGCCAACAUGAAUAUGAUAGGGGUUACAGCAAAGCCAAUCGUGCUACAAUGGGGUAUGAGAGACAACAAUAUAGAGAUGAGACUGAUGUGAAGCAAUAUAUACAACGUGAUACAUCUGAUGCUAGAUAUGAUAAAGAGAACUUAUAUGCUGGCUCUUCGCAGUCCAAGCCAAGAGAACCAAACUAUCCAAACUUGGACACAUACAGACUUCCACAAUCUCACACAUAUAGAUCCAAUGAUCCAAAACUGUCUAUGAAUCCAAGAUCUAAGACGUAUAACAUCACCUCAGGGUUGCAUAAGGAAGUUUUCAAACCAACUGGAAAUAGGGACUUUUCUACAUUUUCUACAGACUCUUGGAAUGACAGUGAGAAUGACACGCAAAAUGAUCAGGAACUAUCAAGUGACAAUUUAGACAGGGACUACUAUAGUGAUGUUCUGAACAAAUAUGACAGAAUGAUAAGUGUUCCAAAAGUUUUAGAUGAAACCACAGAUAGCUCAAUAUCACAUGGGAGGAAGCAGAUAAAACGAAAAAUAUUACGGAGGAAAGAUGGUGCUAAAAUAGUAGAUGAAUCUAUAACAGAGAGUGAACCAGAUAUAAGUGCUGACAUGCGUUACUUGAAUGAGAAGCUAUCUAGGCUCCCACUACAUGGUGAUGAACAAAUACCAGAUAGACAUAAUAGAGCUGCAUAUUACCCCAGGAGGCCCCAGUCUGCUAGGGAAGAGCCUCCAUACAGACUUGAUGCUGACCAUGAGGGACCCACAUCACUCAUAAAACCUCUCACUGAGCACCCACAUAAGAAAAACAUCAAGAAAAAUGACCCUGUAAGAAAGUAUCAGGAAUACAAACAGGCAUGGGUCAGUCAGAAAGCUCCAGGAGAGAAACAACAUAAAGGACUCAGGUGGACUGUCAGGGAACAGAUGUUAUACCAGGAUGAACUACCUAAGAAGACACAGCGAGUGUUUGCUCCAAAUACAUACAUGGUCCCCACAGAGAAGAAGAGAAAGGCUCUUAGGUGGCAAGUUAGGAAUGAUAUUGCACAAGGACUCAUGCCUCCAACUAACUUUGACUUGUACGAUAUAUGAGCUCUUAAACAUGUUAUUAGUAAAACUUUGAUAUGUAGCUCGUAGGUGAAGAUUGGGAGGUGAAUGAAUCUUUGCUAACUUUAUACAGUGAGAUUUGUAUGUGUUGGAAGCAUAUCCGCUGAACUAUUAUCCAAUGAGGAAUGUGGAGAACAUCUAAAGAGAAAAGAGAUUUUCAUUUUCUUAUUUCUGAACAAUUGUAACAUUUAUGAGCAUGUGUAUCGUAAUAAUGCUUUUUACAAUGGACCUCACAUUAAAUAUGUAUAGUGAUUAUGUACAAGUAGAAAAAUAUUGUGGUUCAGAUAUGACAGAAUCGUAAAUUAACCACCUCAUGAUUAAAAUA